CAGCCUCCAGCCCAGCCUCGGCUCUGGACCCAGCCUCCGGCUCCAGCCCCAGCUGCAGCCACAACUCCCGCCGGAUCCCCCCUCCAGCGCGCGCUCGGCUCCUGAGCUCGGACGUCUCCACGCGCCCCACGGCGGCUGUGGGCCUGGCUCUCCGUCGCCUGCGCUCGUGUCCCGGGAUCCUCCACCCGCCCUGCACCCUGGAGCGCCCGGCCGCGAGCCUCUGCCAGCUCCUCGGGAUCCUUGCGGCCGUGGGCAGCGGCUGCCGCGCCUGUGCCCCUGCGGGAGGACCGUCCUCGCUGCACGCGCGCAGUGUGCGCAGUAACUCUGGCUGCACAGGGGAGCCCCCGGGGAACACGGGCGCCGCUGCAACAUGGCAGACGAAGACCUCAUCUUCCGCCUGGAAGGGGUUGACGGCGGCGGGUCCUCCCGAGCUGGCCACGACGGCGACUCCGACGCAGACAGUGACGAUGACGAGGGCUACUUCAUCUGCCCCAUCACUGAUGACCCCGUGUCCAACCGGAACGUCAGCUCCAAGGCCCAGAACUACUACAGCAACCUAGCGAAAAGCGAGUGCGGCUCCACAGGGUCACCGGCCGGCUCCUUCCACUUCAAGGAAGCCUGGAAGCACGCGAUUGAGAAGGCCAAGCACAUGCCCGACCCCUGGGCUGAGUUCCAUCUUGAGGACAUCGCCACGGAACAUGCCACUCGGCACAGGUACAACGCUGUCACCGGGGAAUGGCUGAAGGACGAGGUUCUGAUCAAGAUGGCGUCUCAGCCCUUCGGCCGUGGAGCAAUGAGGGAGUGCUUCAGGACGAAGAAACUCUCCAACUUUUUGCAUGCCCAGCAAUGGAAGGGGGCCUCCAACUACGUGGCCAAACGCUACAUCGAGCCUGUGGACAGGAGCGUGUACUUUGAGGAUGUGCAGCUCCAGAUGGAGGCGAAGCUCUGGGGAGAGGAAUACAACCGGCACAAGCCCCCCAAACAGGUGGAUAUCAUGCAGAUGUGCAUCAUUGAGCUGAAGGACAGACAAGGCCAGCCCCUCUUCCACCUGGAGCACUACAUUGAGGGCAAUUACAUCAAGUAUAAUUCCAACUCAGGCUUUGUCCGUGAUGACAACAUCCGACUAACACCACAGGCCUUCAGCCAUUUCACAUUUGAGCGUUCUGGCCAUCAGCUGAUUGUGGUGGACAUCCAGGGUGUGGGUGACCUCUAUACCGACCCACAGAUCCACACGGAAAAAGGCACUGACUUUGGAGACGGGAAUCUCGGUGUCCGGGGAAUGGCUCUCUUCUUCUAUUCUCAUGCCUGCAACCGUAUUUGCAAGAGCAUGGGCCUUGCACCCUUUGACCUCUCGCCACGGGAGCAGGACGCGGUGAAUCAGAGCACCAAGCUAUUGCAAUCAGCCAAGACCAUCUUGAGGGGGACAGAGGAGAAGUGCGGGAGUCCCCGCAUAAGGACACUCUCUGGAAGCAGGCCCCCCUUGCUCCUUCGCCUUUCGGAGAACUCCGGGGAUGAGAACGUGAGCGAUGUGACCUUUGACUCUCUGCCUUCCUCCCCAUCUUCAGCCACUCCACACAGCCAGAAACUGGACCACCUCCACUGGCCAGUGUUUGGUGACCUCGAUAACAUGGGCCCCAGAGACCACGACCCUGUGGACAAUCACCGGGACUCUGAGAACAGUGGGGACAGUGGAUACCCAAGCGAGAAGCGAAGUGACCUGGAUGACCCUGAGCCCCGAGAACAUGGCCACUCCAAUGGCAACCGAAGGCCGGAAUCAGAUGAGGACAGCCUGGGCAGCUCUGGUCGGGUCUGUGUGGAGACAUGGAACCUGCUCAAUCCUUCCCGCCUGCACCUGCCGAGGCCCUCGGCUGUGGCCCUGGAAGUGCAAAGGCUAAAUGCCCUGGACCUUGAGAGGAAAAUCGGGAAGUCUGUUUUGGGGAAGGUCCAUCUGGCCAUGGUACGGUACCACGAGGGCGGGCGCUUCUGUGAGAAGGAUGAGGAAUGGGACCGAGAGUCAGCCAUCUUCCACCUGGAGCAUGCAGCCGACCUGGGAGAACUGGAGGCCAUCGUGGGCCUGGGCCUCAUGUACUCUCAGCUGCCCCACCACAUCCUGGCUAAUGUCUCUCUGAAGGAGACAGACGAGAACAAGAUGAAAGGCUUCGAGUACUUACUGAAGGCGGCAGAAGCUGGUGACAGGCAGUCCAUGAUCCUAGUGGCCCGAGCUUUUGACACUGGCCUGAACCUCAGCCCAGACAGGUGUCAAGAUUGGUCAGAAGCCUUACACUGGUACAGCACAGCCCUGGAGACAACGGACUGUGAUGAAGGUGGAGAAUACGAUGGGAUACAGGAUGAGCCCCAGUAUGCACUGUUGGCCAGGGAGGCAGAGAUGCUGCUCACUGGUGGAUUUGGGCUGGACAGGAACCCCCAGCGAUCAGGAGACUUGUACACGCAGGCGGCUGAGGCAGCGAUGGAAGCCAUGAAGGGCCGGCUAGCCAACCAAUACUAUGAGAAAGCAGAAGAGGCCUGGGCUCAGAUGGAGGAAUGAUGCUCCCAUAAGAUCACUGCCAGCUAGUCCCAAGGAGAAGGGCUAGGGAGAGGGGAGGGGGGACUCUUUUCUUCUGGGAGGAGACAAAUAGUUUUACAAAACUAUAAAUUCACUUUUGUAUUUCAUUUUUUUGCCUCUUGUCAAAGUCUUUGCGAUUGGCAGAGACACUAUAACUGCCCUUUAGGGGCAGUAUUUUGUUCUGUUUGUUUGUUGAGGUUCCAUUUUUCUUUCUUUGUCCUGAGAGGUAAGGAAGUAUCUUUCUGCCUGGAGGAACAGACAGCGUCAGGGCUUAUCAUGCCAGCCUUUGCAGGCUGGACUCGAAUCUCAGGGUCUCCGAGCCAUGUGUUGGGAAUCCAGAUGGAAAAUGAAGACCUUUCCAUUAACUCUCCAUAACGAGUCUUUAAGCUUCGAGAGGGGUGUGUGGUAUUUUUUUUACUCAGUGGAUGUGAGAUUGUUCAGCAGCUAGACUCCUUUAUAUUAUGGGGAAAUUAUUGUGUAAAUUUUUGAUAAUGUUCACCACUGUGCACCUGAUCUUGGCAUACAGCCAAAUUCCUUUUUUUUUUUUUUAGCACACUUCCUACUUUGGAAGCAGAUAUACCUCAAAGCUUUCAUAGAAAGACCAUGGCUUAGGAGCUGGGUGACCUUCCUGCAAAUGGAAGUGCCCUCUGCAUGCUGUGGCACACCCAAUAUAGGGCUGAAGCACUCCUGUGCAAAAUUCCAUGGUUGUUUCUUACUGUGGCGUUUUGAAGAUCCUGGGCUCAGCCAGCUGUCCUGGGCGUUUUCCGCUUGAAGCUGGGUUUCAAUGGUCAUCUGCAGCAAGUGGCUUUCCGCUGCAGCCCCCUAAGAUUUGUCGAAGAUGUUUGAGACUGGGGGUGGAGGUGGGGCAAAUAAAGACUGUAAACACA